AUGGUAGUAGCCAAAGUAGCCAUCUCCAGAGGGAUGAACAAGAAUGUCCUUGUUUUCUACUCCUUUGCCCUUUCCACCCUUCUGCUCCUUCCUUGUGCCUUAAUAUUGGACAGAUCAAACAGGGAUUCAUUCACCUUCUCCACGCUCAGUAAAAUCUUCUUACUUGCCCUGUUUGGAUUCGUUUCACUGACUUGUACAUAUGCUGGUUUAGAGUGCGGAUCUCCUAUGCUUGGCUCAGCCAUGCUCAACCUUAUUCCAGCUUUUACUUUUAUACUUGCCAUAAUUUUCAGGUGCUUUAGGAUGGAAAAGCUAGAUUGGAGAAGCACAACAAGCCUAGCUAAAUCCUUGGGGGCGAUUGUUUCACUCACUGGAGCAUUUAUCAUGACAUUUUACAAAGGCCCACCAAUCAUGAAGACGUCUUCAGUUACUAUUCUCGGUGGACUUCUAUUUGCAGCUGAAGCACUUUUGAGUUCAGCAUGGUAUAUAUUGCAGGCAUUAAUCCUUAAGAAGUUCACAGCAGUGCUUACCAUAAUGUUUUACCUCUGCUUCUUUGGUACCAUGCUGUCUGCCUUGUACUCACUGAUAGUAGUUGAAGAUUCCGGUGCAUGGCAAUUAAAGCUUGAUAUGGGGUUGUUUUCUACAUCAUACUCAGCAGUUGUUUCAAUUGUAUUUCGUAGCAGUUUGUGUGCAUGGUGUCUGUCGAAAACGGGACCUGUCUAUGUUUCUGUGUUCAAGUCCUUGGGGAUUAUCUUUGCUUUAAUAAUGGAUGUCAUCUUUUUAGGAGAAGUGCUUCGUCUCGGAAUUUUUAUUGGAGCAAGCAUUACUGUAACUGGAUUUUAUGCUGUGAUGUGGGGAAAGGCCAAAGAAGAUGACUACAUGAAUAGUGAGACAGGUGUGGGGAGUUUCAGAUCAUCCAAGGAAAAAGUCCCACUGUUGCAAGCCAGAGGUGGCAGCCCACCACCACCACCACCAUCACCAAAUGAUUAUGUUAGUUGUGGUAAUGAAGGAAUGGUUGUUGAUAAGUACGAUGGUGUUAAUGAAUAA